GAGCCCAGAGGAGAGAGACUCGGAACUCGAAACGCCGGCGCCGCCGUCCCUCUUUUUUCUCGCUUGCUUCAAGCUGUAAUCCUGUGGUAAACAUGUCUGACGUCGAGACGGACGAUGUUCCCUCUGCGGGCAUCGGAGGAGGUCAAAUGGACGUCAACUCUGCUCUUCAAGAAGUACUGAAAAACGCCCUCAUCCACGACGGAGUUGUUCGUGGUCUUCACGAAUCUGCCAAGGUGCUCGACAAGAGGCAAGCACUGCUUUGCGUUCUUGCUGAAAACUGCGACGAACCCAUGUACAAAAAAUUGGUCCAGGCUCUUUGCAAUGAACAUCAAAUACCUUUGAUAAAAGUCGACAACAACAAAAAGUUGGGCGAAUGGGCUGGACUCUGCAAAAUCGACAAUGCUGGCAAAGCCAGGAAAGUUGUUGGUUGUUCGUGUGUUGUGAUAAAGGACUUUGGAGAAGAAACCCAAGCCAAAGAUAUUCUUAUGGAGUAUCUGAAGCAAAGCUCACACUAAUUAGGAAAAAUAUUUUAAUAAAUAAUAUUUACAAAACA